AUGCUUCCUCCCCCACCUCCCUCUCGCCCAGCAGCACCAUCCCACCCUGACGAUGCCAUCAGAGGGACAGACGACGAUGCUGCGGCCUCCAGAUUCUCGGCCGUCUCUCUCGGUUAUCUCUCCGACCCAUACGCGUCACUCCUGUACAAGCAGCAACGGUUAGCCGGCCAGAGCGCGCGCAAGGCCCCCCUCAUCAACGUCGGGACGCACCACAGGACAGCUGCGCUGGAUGCGGUGGUCGAUUCGUUCCUCUCAGCGGCCGGAGACGGAGCACAGAUCGUGUCCCUUGGAGCAGGCAGCGACACGCGCUUUUGGCGUCUGAACGAUGCGUCGCAGACGCGCCAGACGCCCCUGGGCCGCUACGUCGAGGUCGAUUUCCCUCAACUCACUGCGAUAAAGGCGCAACGAAUCGCGCGGAAUCGGCAGCUGACGGGCACGCUGGUGUCUGCCGACCCGUCCUCGCCUAAACCAUAUGCCGUGUCGCAUGGCGGCACGGCGCUGACAGCGGCAAACUAUGCGCUCCUCCCCCUCGACCUGCGUGGUGGCGCAGCCACGCUCGACGCAGAUGUUCUGCCCCUCCUCGACCCGUCCAAGCCGACACUGCUGAUCGCCGAAUGCGUGUUUUGCUACAUGUCGCCAGACGAGAGCGCUGCGGUGAUACAGUGGUUUGGCCAGACGUUUGAGCGUACGGCCGCCGUCAUCUACGAGAUGUACGGGUUGGAUGACGCCUUUGGACGAGUCAUGCGACGCAACCUCUCGCAGCGCAACUUGUCGCUCCCUGGCGCCGGGUUUGCGACGGCACAGGCGCAGGCAGACCGCUUCCUCGAUUCGGCUCUCGGCGCCGGCGUGUUCAACGACUCUGGUGCCAAAAGUCUGUGGGAUAUCCGAACCACCGUGGUGCCCAAACGGGAGCUUGAGAGGAUAUCAAAGCUGGAGAUUCUCGACGAGAUUGAAGAGCUGCGUCUAGUGCUCUCCCACUACUGCGUCGCGUGGGCGAGCAAGGGCCUGGACCAGGUCGGCCUUCGAUGA